AGCACCAGCACCAGCACCAACACCAGCACCACCACCACCAUUGCCUUUUCACUUCCCUUUCUUCGUCAACAUUUCGGCUACGAACCCUAGAUUCUUCUCUCUCCUUUUUACUUUGCGUCUCAUUCAAGCCUUUUCGCUCUCACUUCGUUUCUGUUUCGGUUUAUGUUUCUUUAUUUGAUUUUCAUUUCACUGCCACGACACUGAAUUUUAUGCCAGCUUUUGAUUCGUUUUUCCACGUCGUCCGGCGACACGGUCGUACUGUGCCGUGAUUUGGAUCUGUGGACGGUAUGAGUUCCGCGGUGCCGCCGUCUUAUGCUGCUCGCUAUGGAGCGGGAGGUAGUGGCGGUGAACCGGAGAAUUUUGGAGAUCAAGCUAUGGAGUUUCUCAAGGCGGCUGGGGAGAUGGCUAUGGAGUUCGGGAAGGGAUGUAGGGAUAUAGCGUUGCAGAGUUUUGGAGAUAAUGAAUCGUAUAUUGUGAAGACGUUUGGGAAGGGAUCGUACAUUGAGAAGAAAGUGAGAGGGCCUUGUGAGAAGGUUUGUGGUAAAUUGCGGUUCAUCAAUGACUACUUGCCUGAGGAUAAGGAUCCAUUUCAUGUCUGGAUGGUCAUACUGUCCGUUUCGGUUGUUGUUCUGGCAGUUUUAACUCUAAGUGUUCAACGCGAUGAUCUUCCCAUCUCAUCGAUUAAGAAAGUUUACAUACAUCCUCCGAGCGCUAGGCGAGUAAUGCUCCCCGACGGUAGAUUCUUGGCAUAUAAGGAGCAAGGUGUUUCUGCGGACAGAGCUAGAUUUUCAAUAAUCGGUCCUCAUUCCUUCCUCUCUUCUCGGCUUGCAGGAAUGCCUGGGCUUAAGACUUCACUGUUGGAAGAGUUUGGCAUUCGCUUGUUGACAUAUGAUCUCCCGGGCUUUGGAGAGAGCGAUCCUCAUCCUCAAAGAAACCUUGAAUCAUCAGCAAUGGACAUGUCAUUUUUAGCAAAUGCUGUAGGUGUCAACGACAGAUUUUGGGUAAUAGGGUAUUCCACAGGGAGCAUGCAUGCUUGGGCAGCUCUGAGGUAUAUUCCUGAUAAACUUGCAGGUGCUGCUAUGUUUGCUCCAAUGGUUAAUCCCUAUGAUCCAAGUAUGACCAAGGAGGAAAGACGUGCAACAUGGAAGAAAUGGAGUAGAAAGCGGAAAUUUAUGUACUUCUUAGCUCGAAGAUUUCCUCCUGUUCUUCCUCUGUCUUACCGCAAUAGCUUCCUGUCUGGGAAGCAUGAUCAGAUUGAUAAAUGGUUGGCAUUAUCACUAGGAAAAAGGGAUAGAGCUUUAGUAGAGGAUCCUAUCCACGAAGAGUUCUGGCAAAGGGACGUAGAAGAAUCAAUCAGGCAAGGUAAUACAAAACCGUUUGUGGAGGAAGCUACACUACUGGUAUCAGAUUGGGGUUUCAGGCUUCACGAUCUCAGAUUACAGAAACGUGUAGUAAAAUCUGUGAUUCAUUGGCUGAAGUCUUUGCUAGGUGAUGUCCAAGACGACUUUACUGGCUUCCUUGGUCCAAUUCAUAUAUGGCAGGGGAUGGAUGAUAUGGUGGUUCCACCAUCAAUGACCGAUUACGUUCAUCGGAUCCUACCCGGAGCUGCAGUCCAUAAGCUCCCAUAUGAAGGCCAUUUUACCUACAUCUACUUCUGUGACGAAUGCCACAGACAGAUAUUCACUACCCUCUUUGGAACCCCACAAGGCCAACUGAACAACUGUUCUGUAGAUCAGACUUCCUCCGAUUGCGACACAGAAGAUCUCGACGUUCAAACCGUCGGUGAUUCUGCCACAGACUAAGAGAUAGCUAUGUUGUAAUUCACUACAGAUGAUGUAUAUACCACACAACGGCUCCGUUGCUCCUCUACCAGGUACGCAGGAGAAAGAAAGUUCUCUAUUUCCUUUUCAUUUUUUGGAAAAUUAUGAGGUUUAAGUGUAGUUAGGGGUCUAGUGAAGAUGCUGUCAAAGGGGCAAGUUGUUCCUUGCAAUAGAAAUAUUACCGAAUCAGAAUCUUCUGAUUCUUAAAUUCGUUAACACUUUUACACUGCUUGGAUGUCUCAUUGAACACGAGAGUUCAAUAAAAAUUCAAUUCAUUACGAAAGAAAAUUUGUUCA